AUGACUGGAAAAAACAAAAGUAGCACUAUCACCACAGCUGGAAAUAAAAUCUGGUGGAUUACUUUCGGGGUCCUAUGUGGCGCUACAUUUGUUACCCGAUUUUAUAAGGUUUUGGAGCCUGAUCAUGUUUGUUGGGAUGAAACACACUUUGGUAAAAUGGCAAGCUGGUAUAUAAACAGAACGUUCUUCUUUGAUGUUCAUCCACCACUUGGCAAGAUGCUGAUUGCUCUUUCGGGGAAACUAACGGGGUACGAUGGCAAAUUCCCCUUUGAAAAACCAGGAGACAAAUAUAAUGGUGCUAACUAUGAGGGAAUGAGAAUUUUUUGUACGACAUUAGGAGCAUUAAUAAUUCCAUUAACUUUUCUUACAAUAUGGGAAAUGACAAAGUCUCUUGACGCUACCUUUAUUGGGACUAUUCUUUUAUUAUGUGAUGUCGGAUUUUUAACACUUAACAGAUACAUACUUCUCGAUCCGAUUUUGCUAUUUUUCAUGAGUUGUGCCAUAUAUGGUGCUUUCAAGGUUCGAACAUUAACGGACUCUGGACAGCCGCCUUUCUCUCCUCGCAUGCUGCUGUGGCAGGUUUUCCUAGGCUGGGCUCUCGCGUGCACUAUGUCCGUAAAGUUUGUUGGUUUGUUCGUCGUGUUAUUCGUUGGAUUGCGCACACUUGCCGACCUCUGGAACGUGCUGGGUGACUUAACUAAACCAGUGACACUGACGCUGAAACAUCUUAUCGGAAGAAGCAUAACCUUGAUUCUGUGGCCAAUAAUGCUGUACGUGUUUUUCUUUUGGAUUCACCUCACUGUCUUGAGCAAAAGCGGCAAUGGAGACGGAUUCUACUCUUCCGGAUUUCAGGCCCGUUUGGAAGGCAACAGUUUGCACAACGCCAGCGCGCCCAGGAUUGUGGCAUAUGGUGCUCUAAUCACACUAAAAAACCACCGAACUGGCGGUGGCUAUUUGCAUUCCCACCAUCACCUGUAUCCGGCAGGGGUGGGGGCUAGACAACAACAAAUAACAACGUACACGCACAAAGACGAUAACAACCGAUGGCUGAUCAAGCCGUACGAGCGCGAGCAGGUCGAGGGCGUGGUUCCUGUACGCAGCGGGGAGCUGGUGCGGCUGACCCACGCCGCCACUGGACGCAACCUGCACUCGCAUCGCGAACGAGCACCUAUCUCCGCCAAGUUUCUUCAAGUUACCGGUUAUGGAGAGGAUGGAAUCGGAGAUGCAAAUGACGUUUGGAAGAUUGUAGUUUCUGGUGGCAAAGAGGGCGAAGAAAUACAAACAGUGCGCAGCAAACUGAUGUUGGUGCAUUACUUGCAGGCUUGUGUAUUGACUACAACUGGCAAACAGCUUCCUAAAUGGGGUUAUGAGCAACAAGAAGUAGCAUGCAAUCCAAAUUUAAGAGACAAGAAUGCCUUGUGGAAUGUGGAGGACAAUUUAUUCGAUGAUUUACCAAAAGUGAGCUUCGAGGCGUACGCUUCUGGUUUUUUGGAGCGGUUCUUGGAGUCACACGCGGUUAUGUUCCAAGGCAACGCUGGUCUCAAGCCCAAGGAGGGCGAAGUCACCUCGCAGCCGUGGCAGUGGCCGAUUAAUUACAGAGGUCAGUUCUUCUCGGGCAGUGGUCACAGAAUAUACUUAUUAGGCAAUCCAGUAGUGUGGUGGACCAACCUACUUUUUCUAGUUGUUUUCUUCAUUAUUUACGUAAUAAACUCAAUUAAAGAGAAGAGAGCUGAAGCAUUUGGGAGGCCUAUACCAGAUGGGCCGGAGAGAUCAUUAUUAAACGCAGCCGGCUGGAGCUUUGUGGGCUGGGCGCUGCACUACGUGCCUUUCUGGGCAAUGGGUCGCGUUCUCUAUUUUCACCAUUACUUCCCUGCGUUAGUCUUCAGUUCAAUGCUUACUGGUAUUUUAACAGAAUACUUGCUCAGAAGCAUCAAGAGCUACUUAAGUUCGGAACUCGGGAGAACAAUAUACCAUUGUGCCAUGGGAGUCAUAAUUUCUACCACUGUGUACAGCUUCUAUCUGUUUUCUCCGUUGGCGUAUGGAAUGAGCGGGCCACUGGCACAUGAGCCGAAUUCCACCAUGUCGGGGUUGAAAUGGCUAGAAUCAUGGGAGUUCUGA